AUGCGUCACUUUCUUAGCGAGAAAUCUUACAUUGAAAGUUUACAGCGGAUCAUACAGGAUUAUGAAUGCCCCAUUUUAGAAAUGAUUGGUGUACAAAAGUUGAAAAUUCGGAAUUCACUGAAAAAACUCAGAGAAAUCCUCAACUAUCAUCACAUGUUCCAGAUUGAACUUGCUGAACGAGUCAACUGUUGGGAUGAAAAUGAAAAAAUAGGCGAUAUUUUCAUGGCAUCUUUCUCCAAGUCAAUGGUUUUUGAUGCUUACAGCAUUUAUGUGAACAAUUUCUCAGCCGCAAUGGAAGAGAUAAAAAAUUUGAAGAGAACACGGCAAUCAUUCAGGGAUUUUCUUAAGCAAAAAGAAACUAACAGUCCUGACCGACUCUCCAUAUUUGGUUUAAUGGUGAAACCAAUUCAACGAUUUCCUCAGUUUAUUAUGUGUCUACAGGACAUGCUGAAAUAUACCCCCAAAGAACACGUCGACCGUCGAGCCCUUCAGUUGGCUGUUACUGUCUUAGAGAACUUGGCACACAAGCUUAAUGAACAUAAACGAGAAAAUGAACAAAAGUUUGCAGCAAAACAGAUUAUGAGUAAAAUUCGUGAAGGUUUAACAAAACACCAUUUAACGACCCACAACAAAUUCCUAAUUCGACAGGAUGACAUGUUUCAUAUUGUGAACCAGUCACAACCAAUGAAAUCAAAAAAGAGACGCAUCUUCAUGUUGAAUGAUACACUGAUAUGUGUGAAUGUCAUGUACAGAGACCGUGAUGGAGAAGUGACUGAACGCUACAAACACAAGUGGACAGUGCCUCUAAGAGAUGUAGACUUGAAGGUCAAUAGCUCAAUCUCAAAUGUUCACAAUUCUUUAUCUUUGUGGACAGGAGACUCAGUCAGCACCAUGAGGACAGAUUCUUUUGAGAAUGACAGCCAAGAAGCAUACGAAGCUCUGUGUAACAUGAAACAUGAUUACCAAGUUCUUGAAGAGAUAAGCAAAUUGGUUGGUUCACUCAAGUGUCCUUAUGAGAUUCUGACCGAAGAACUUCUGUCUGAGAUGCAACGAGACCUUCAGUGCAAAAUCCAAGAUAAACAUGAACAAAUCAAUUUGGUCGAUGGUUGUUCAAUUGAACUUUUACUACCUGACAAGUCUGGAAAGGUCAGUGUGCUUUUACAAGCUUCGUCUCCAUCAGCCAAACAGAAUUGGUGUCUGGAUUUUCAAAUUGCAAAAUUGGCACUAAGUCCCCAGAACCAACAAGGUUGGAACAUUCCUGAUCGACAGACGGAAAAUUUACCUGCUUAUUUUGUGAGCUCUCUUCCCAUUGAUGUCUCCUCUGACAGCAGUCAGGUGCAAUGUGCAGUUGGUGUGUACCUACCUUCUGGUAAUGUGGGUGUGCCCCAUGUGUGGGUGUGCAACACGGUGCCAACAAUUGGGGGUCAGGUGUCAAUCAUUUCUGUGCAGACAAGUCAGAACAUUCUGACACUAACAGAAUCUUUCCCAGCCACUAGCAGAGAAAUUACAUGUGUUGAGAAAAUUCCUGGGACUGGUAUGGGCACCACUUUCUCAUCUGUAGACACUGUCUGGAUGGCAACGGUUGACAAACAGAUAUACAUCUACAAACUCUGCAACCCGAAAGGUAGCCAAAGAGAAGCUCUCAAAGUGUUCCCCCUUCCAGCCAUGGCACUGUGUCUAAGAUACACAAGGGAAAAAUUAUUUGCAGCUUUGGAUUCAGGCUCAGUUCUUAUUUUUGAGAGACAGCAAGAUGAAGAAGGAAUCUGGGAUACCAAUAACCCUCAGAUUGUCAACCUGGAUACAAAGCCUGUCACUUGUUUGUUGGAGUCUUCCUCUGAUAGUUGUAUAUUGGCUACUGCUUCCAAUACCAUUUACGUCAUUAAUCAGAACACAAGUUCAUUGCAAAGUUCUCAUAAGCUGUCAGGUUCUGGUGAGGUGGAGCAUAUUGUCCCCACAGGAGUUGGACUUUGGGUGUCUUACAAGGAUAGUUCCAUUAUCCAUUUGUAUCAUAUUGAAACUUUGGAUCUCCUGCAAGAGAUUAAUAUCUCUUCAGCAGGUACAAGAGUGAGUCAAACUGACUCUGUAAAAGAAUGCACAGUGAGUUGUCUUCUUGCAAGUCGGGGCAUGCUUUGGAUUGGGACAAAUGUUGGUCUGCUCCUUUCCUUCCCAUUGCCCCGGUUACGUGAUGGGGUGCCUAUUGUCAGUGGCAGACCAUAUGUUGCUUACCAUGGACACAAAGGAGCCAUAAAAUUCUUGUUACCUUUUACAAGUGCUUUUCAAACAAAAAGCCAAUCACAUUUGACCUCAAUGCAACAGGAAUCUUUUGAUGACCAGCAAGAUGUAUUCUUGAAAGUCGAAUCAACACUAACUCACUCACCUUCAACAGAAAGAGGAUCAGAGUCCCCUGAAAACAAAUGUCCCAGUGUUAAUAAAACAUCUGAGGUUUCUUCAUCAGAUGAACCAUUCUCAGACCAAUUCCAGAAAGAACUGAAAGAGAAGCUAACCCAACGUUACCGUUCGGCACCCAAUUUGUUGGAUAUUGAAGAUGACGAUGACAUGCAAUCUUUGUAUGGUAGUUUGAUGCGUAGCACAGAACAUUCAUUGUCUCGGACCCAAUCUCUAUAUAAAAGACCUUUAAGAGAAAACAAUGCAUUAGGAACCAGAUCAUCAACGCUGUUCAUUUCUGGUAGUCAGAACGGCAACAAUAACAACACUUGCAAUUCAGAUUUAAAAGUUGAAUCAAAAUCAAGAAAAUCAAAUGCAGAAAUCCUAAGCAACAAAAGUUCUGUUAAAAGCAAAACAAGACCAAGUUUUUCUUACCAUAUGAUGACAAGUAUGUCAUUUAAUAAUCAUGAGGAAAAUAACAGUAAUUCAAUAAUAAUUGUGAGCGGAGGGAACGGUUAUCAGUGCUGGAACGAAAAGCAGAAUUCGGAGUUAAACAGCAGAGACAAUGAUGCAAACCUUCUUUUCUGGAUUUAUAAACACUGA